UUCCCCACGCGUCGCGGGAUUCCGGCCUGGGUCCCGCCCCGGGAGGAGGGCCCUGCUGGGCCUUGAGAACUGCACUUCCCAGCAUGCCCUGCUACACCUGCGCUUGCGUCCGGGAGCUACCCCGCCAGCGAGCGGGUGGGUUUGAAGUUCAGUGUUAGUCGCAUGGAAACCGGCCUGCUUGCAGCAGGACACCGCCAUCAGCGGGCAGAUGGACUCCGGGGUGAGGAGCGUAUGGAAACUACAAUAUGUAGGCCAAUCCUCUCUCCAACCCACAUCAACUCUACAGCUUCUGAAACAUUCACAGUCCUUCAGCAAAGGAUGAGAAUAGUAGAAGAACAGACCAGUUCUUUGAGGGAUGACUUAAUUAUGUUGAACUAUGGUGAAAAAAGGAUACUGCAGCUAUUAUUGAAGAGGAACUGAAGACCACAAAACGUAAAAUGAACCUUAAAAUUCAGGAGUUUCUAGAGAUGACCUCAUUUCCAAGUUGGUCGAAGACAAUAAAAACAUGCAAAUAUCUUUCAACAAGGAACAUGAAGAAAACACAUAUUUGAAGUCCGAAAUAUUAUCCCUUCAUGAAGCAUCAGCAAAAACACAGGUUUCAAAUGACCAAUUGAGUAGAAAGUGCUCCGAGCUAAGCAGUAUGCUUCAGAAUGCUACUGUGGAAAAUGCCAGGAUUAUUGCUGACCACCAAGCCAUUCUGCAGGUAGAGCAAAAAAUGAUGACGCAGACAUUUCAAGAACAGAACUUACUGCUGGAUGCAGCCCAUGCCAGCAUCACAAAUGAACUAUACACAGUUCAGAAUGAAAAAACUCAACUCCAAACACAUCUGGACCAUUUGAUCCUUGAGCAUAACCAGUGUAUCCAGAAAGCACAGGAUGCUGAGAAAAGGACAGCUGCACAAAAAGAGCUUCUAGAAUCAACUAUUACAAGAUUGCGAGGUGAACUGGAAGCAUCAAUACAAGAGAAGAAGUGUCUGCUAGAGGAGAAUGAAAGAUUUCAAAAAGAGGUUAAUAAAACUGAAAAAGAAAUAGCACAAGAGAAAAGCAAUUGGGAAAAGGAAUUAGCUAAAAACAAGGCAGACAUAAACGCAUUAAACCAAAAUCUGCAGGCAUUAGUAGAAGAAAAUAAGAACCUGGCAGAUCAAAUAGCUUCUCUGGAACUUCAGCGAGCCACUUCUGAAUACCAUGGGCUUGCUGAGCAAAAGGUGGAAAAUGUCUUGGGAAAAAUUACUGAGAGUAAAAAUAAACUGGCCUAUGAAAAGGGAAAACUCCAGGCAAAAGUUAAACAGCUAGAAGAACAACUGCAGUGUUUUACUGAAACCAGUUUACAGAAUGAACAUCUACGCAAGCUGAAUAAGGCUCUAGAGGCCAAAUAUGCUCACGUGAAAUCCAUUCUUGAAAAAAAUGAGGAAGAGCUGUCCCAAGCAGUGAAGUGUCGAGAUACAGCCCUGCAAGAGAGUCAUAAGUUGAAAGGGAACUUGGAAGCUUUGGAGGAUAGGGAAAACAAGAAGGUAGGAAACUUUCAGCGACAAUUAGCAGAGGCUAAAGAAGACAACUGCAAAGUUACAAUCAUGUUGGAAAAUGUGCUGGCUUCUCAUAGUAAGAUGCAAGGUGCUUUAGAGAAAGUACAGAUAGAGCUUGGGCGAAGGGAUUCAGAGAUUGCAGGCCUCAAGAAAGAAAGGGCUCUAAAUCAACAGAGGGUGCAGAAGCUAGAAGCUGAAGUGGACCAGUGGCAGGCCAGAAUGCUUGUUGUGGAUGCACAGCACAGCAGUGAGAUGGAGCCUCUACACAAAGCUCUAGAAAUAGCAAGAGAAGACAACAGGAAAUUGGCCUUGAGCCUGGAGCAAGCUCUUCAGACAAAUAAUCAUCUGCAAUGUAAACUAGAUCACAUUCAAGAAAAAUUGGAAAAAAAAGAACUUGAGCGGCAGAAUUUGGAAACCUUCAAAGAACAUAUGGCUGAGGAGUCCAAAGUAGAAGCAGAGUUGCAUGCUGAACGCAUAGAAACUCUAAAAAAACAGUUUCAAACUGAGAGAGACACUGCAAAGAAGGCAGCACAACGGGAAAGUACUGAGCUGAAGAAAGCCCUUGAUGAAGCCAACUUCAGAUCAGUGGAGGUAUCCCGAACCAACAGAGAGCUGCGGCAGAAACUUGCAGAGCUGGAAAAAACACUGAACAGUAACAAGGAGAAAAUAAAGAAUCAAAAGGCCCAAAUAAAGCUCCACUUAUCCACUAAGAUGAAUAAUGCUCAGAAUGUGGAGAGAAUGAAGCAAAUAGAAACAGAAUUGAGGCAAAUGGAGCUAAUUAAGGAUCAAUAUCAGAAAAAAAACUAUGAACAGUCAUUGAGUAUCCAGAGAUUCGUAUCUGAAAUGAGUAACCUGCAGAAAGAGAUGCAGCUGUUAGCCAAGAGCCAAUAUGAAACUUCAGCACGGAAUAAACAGCAAGAGCUGCGACUAAUAGCAGAGCAGAAAAUGAGGCAGGAAUUAGAAAAUCGGUGUCAGGAAUUGGGAGAAACUGUUAGACACCUGAAGAAAUGUAAAGAGGCAACGGAGAACAAAUUGAAAGAAGCCAGUGUGGAAUCAGAACAGAUAACAGCUAACCUGCAAGAAGCUCACCGCUGGUUUCAGUGCAAGUUUGAUGGCCUGCAACUUGAAUUGACAAAAAAUCGGUUGCAGAGGCUUCCCCGGGAAGACAUAUGGCUAGAAGAGGAUCAAGAUACAAGACAUGAUUUUUCCAGUCAGUCUGCUCUGCAUCGAUGGGAGGCUAAACAGAAUCUUGGAUUCAUGGCCAAGAAGUGUCAUUCUGAGGUAGAGAGGAAGUGAUGUCCUUGACAAAGGAACUUCUUCAUGUGCAGCUACACCUCCACGAUUCUGCAAGCCACACAACUAGGGCUGGCCUGUUUGUACAGUCAUAAGAAUGUGAAGUCUUUGAUGUGGGCUGAAGAUUUUGGACCUUAGUUAAUCUUUUACAAACCUUUAUAAUCACUACAGAACCACCCUAUCUUUGUCCCUUUCCCUAUUAUCCACCCAAUAAAUUUAGUUUGUUUUAUAAUAGGAAAUG